CCCGAGCUCAGUCGUGUCUGGAGAAUUGGUGGAUGUUGGUGGUCACCCCCUGGAGAGGAACGAGUAGAACCUGAAGGCAACCAGUUGAUCUGAUCCGUGCUGUGGUGGGAAAAGGACAAGAGAUGGCCUCUCCCUUCGGGGCUCCUCCUUUGGUGCUGUUGGAUCCACCAGAUCCGUGGUGAAGACGAAGCAACUGGUAGUGAACAGUGAGAUCUCAAGUGGUGAAAAAGUGAACUUACCAGCCCAUAGUUUUGUGGAGUGUUGAUAUCUGUGGCCACCGGAAGGAUUUUUUUUCUCUACAACGGGAUUUCAACGAGUUUGUGGCGGUUAUUCACUCCGAAUGAAAAAUACAUACUUUACUGUAACUGGAACUCGCCACUUGCGAAUGAUUACGGGGUUUUCCGAGUGCAGCACGAAAUGUAAUGUUCACAUUGCUGUCGGUAUGAACAUUUGCGAUGAAUGAAGCUGAGCGAAAUAUCCGGAAACACUAUACUCUGGUAGAUAUUUACGUGGUUCGUAUAUAGAAUCAGAAAUAUGGAAACAGAUGGAACGAAAUGAUGGAACAAAAAACUUCUUCGUGUCCUAUAAUUUCCCCAUAACCGAAGAGCUUAAUGAGGCCGCAGGAAGUAAGGAUUUUGGUGGAGCAUAGUUUUUAAUUUUCACCAAGGAUCUUUGAGUGAGUCAAAAAAGGGCCGAAAGUGAAGUUAGUGUUAUGUAGGUAUUCAGACAGAAACAGAUUGAACAAGUUACACAAAACAGUGCUUGGUACCUAGGGGAAUUACACCUUGACUUUGUGUGAGAGAAAAUUUUAAGGAGAAUACUAGUGUCCGUUAUCUCCCGCGGUGAAACGCGAAAAAAAAACGAAUGACAUCAAACCAGCCUCAGUAGCAUCAGCGUACUUGAACAUUUGAGAAGCACAGGAAAACGGAACUGAAUUGGAUCAAAAUCACUUACAGUUACCGGUUCGAUCUAAUUUUCCAAGAAAGAAACCUUCCGACGUCUUUCAGAUCAAUCCGACCAAAUCGAACAAAAGCCUGACUGACCCCCGCUGGGCAAUUAUCCUUCUCUCUUGCAGCGCGGGAAAGCGAGCGAGAGUGAGAGGGAUUGAGAAGGGGAAGAACCGUAGCUAAUAAAAGAGACAUUUGAGGAACUGACGGCGGCGGCGGAUGCAACGGGGUGGCGGUUAGAUCUCGACCAUUGUCCGACCAUUUUGAAACAGGUUUCCCGGUUCACGUAUCCCCCACCGGAACCGAAACCGCUGGCCGUAGAACAUGAAACAUGGCAAAACUUCGUCAUUACAGUCUCGACUCUUCUCGCAAGCGAAAAGUACAAUUGUUGAAACAUCAUAGACACAGUUUAACCACCAACUACACCAAGACCAUGACGGCAAUAUGCUUCGUCUGCAAUCUGCCCAUCAUGUCACACCAGGUGGGACUGGUCUGGCAGGGCGGCAAUGGAUGGGACGAUCUCGUACGAGAACAGGUCGAAGAAUCCACUGUGCGGCAACGGCUCGGUGGACGGCGGGAUUCCGCAGCACAAAUCAGCGGUGCUACACCUCCUAGUACUUCACCACCACCCGGCGCCCAACGCCGACGCCGCAGUUCCCUCGCUCAACUAACCGAUAUCCUGCGCGAAUGGAGCGGAGGCGGUUCCAGACGGCAGAAGGCUCCUCUCAACCGUCGCGAAACUUUAGCUGAUCUUGCGCGAAGCUUACCCUGGCACAAACCCACCAAUGCCGAUAGCUACAACAACAAUACCACUACCGGUCACGCUCCCCCGCUGCGCAAGCGACGUGAGUCCAGUGCGGACUCUGGUGUGAAGAGUAUGUCCUACCGGAAGGACUCCUACGUCACAGACUUCCGGGAAUACCGCGAGCGCGAACGUGAACGUGAUCGGGAACGAGAGCGCGAACGUGAAAGAGAACGUGAGCGGGAAAGGGAACGAGAGCGUGACGAGUACAAUUACAAUGUAGAUAACUGUAAAAAUGGCUCGCGGCGUAGCUCCAACGAUUCCAGUCGCGAUCGUUCAUCGCGCCGGGAAUCGACGAUCGGAGGAACGGCAACGCCACCGCCGCCGAAGGUAGUCGGAACCCACCGGAAACAGCAAGGCCGCAAAGAUUCUCUGGUGGUCUGUGAAAUGCCAAACUUCCGCCAGGAGCAGCGUCCCUCGACCAGUUCGACCGCAUCAGAUUCCGGUCCUCUGUUUGUAGCCGUAGCUAUUAGUCAAGUGGAUUCUUCCUGUCAGUCCAUUCAGCCCCCGACCAUAAUUACCAGCUCUGUAACGCCCCCGGCCACCAGUCCCACCGCACAGAAGGGUCGACGCGAUUCGACGACCCAGUGCGGGACGAAAAUAUCCCGCCGUGAUUCCCGUGUAAGUCCCGAACGUGCCCAGCGGCUUUUGAAGCUGCAAAGACAAGCCACUGCCUACGAUGAAAGCUGUUUGCCGCCCGGCGGUUGGAGCAGACGGAGCUCCCAGCCAGCGCUAAGUCCGGACGGUGAGGGUCCCGAGCGGCAAGCGAGAAGGGAUAGCCUCAGUCCGGACAGCGCAUCCAGAGGCCGUCGAGAUUCCCGCUCGCAUCUUUCACCAGACAGAAGCCACGAGCGUGACGGCAGUCCUCGCCGGAGCCGUCGUUUGCGAAGACAAUCAUCAUCGGCUGCUCGACAGCCUCGUUCUCCCGAUUCAAGCAGCUGCUGCUCGUCGAGGGAUGCAAGCCCAUGCGCACGCCCACCACCUCUGCCCACCGAAAGCGCGCCACGUCCCUCGAUUCGACGCCAGUCGACGACCGAGGAAAUACUGAUAGCACGCGGUUUUCGCCGCCAGAGCACCACCGAGGAGAUGAUUCGCUGCCGGAACUUUCGUCGCCAAAGCUCGCAGAGCGACGACACCUGCCGAUAUCGCGGCCGCCGGGACUCAUGCGCCCAGAUCAUCGAUGGCACCGUCAGUACAAUGACAGUGGAAACAACUAGUACGUUUUUUGAUUCUAGUACUCAAACAGAACCAUCCCCACUAUAUGAGAAUAACCACUACCACGAGGAAUGUUUGAGGUGCAACUCAUGUGGGCUCAACUUAACCGGUCCCAAUCAGAAGAGAGCCAGACGUUUCAAGAAUCAAAUACUCUGCGAUCUACACUUCGCAGACGUCGCCCUGAUGGAGUGCUCGGACUUCAUGCAGCAACUGCGCAGCUUUAAGCCACAAUCCCUCGGUUGCGCGGUGGCCCGGCGGAAAAGCUCCACUACGCUCAUCUUUCCGCUACCACCCCAGGCUUGUUCCGACGAGUUUUGCGAGGAUUUUCCGCACAAUUUGAUCCCCACGCCCGGCUACUGGAUCGAGUGCUCCCGCCAGAAGAUCGCCUUCGCCAACCAGCACACGAUAUGGGACGACAGCGAGUCGGAGCACGAAGACGCGGCCCGUGGUGGCAUCGAGCCACCGCUGGAGCGCAACUGCAACGAUCUGUACGAAGACGACGAAGAUUCGGACAACGUGCCAAGACAAAAGACAGCGAUCGAGGAGCAGUGGGAGCAACAGCAAGGUUUCGAACUUACCUCCGUCGAGCAGGAAACGUACGAGAAGUACUUCUACGGGUCCGAGCACUGGAACUACUUCACCAACGAUGAGGACCUCGGACCGGUCAUCCUCUCGAUCAAGCAGGAAACGAUCAACGGACGCGAUCAAUUUAGGAUACUAGUUAGAGCUAUAUCGUACACCGUACAUGGACUGAUACCAGCCUCUUGUGUUUUUGCUGAUAGGUAUAAUAGAGAAGAAGUAGUUAGAUCGUUAGGUAAGGAAGUAAACUUAAAUCCACCUUUAACACUAGGACAAUUGCCAGACACUCCUGAGGAACUUCUGAAGCUCGACCAGGUUUUCAUAAAAUCUGAGCUGAAAGUGGGCGUGAUCUACGUGAAGGAGGGUCAAUAUACCGAAGAACAAAUUUUAGACAAUAAUGAAAAUUCACCGUUAUUUGAGGAAUUUUUACAGCUACUAGGUGAUAAAGUUAGAUUACGUGGUUUUGAUAAAUACAAAGGCGGCCUUGACACUGUUCACGAUUUAACAGGACUUUACUCCGUUUAUACAAACUGGCGUUCGAUAGAAAUUAUGUUUCACGUUUCCACGCAACUACCCUACGAGCGGCACGAUCCGCAGAAGCUGCAGCGGAAGCGCCACAUCGGCAACGACAUCGUCUGCGUGGUGUUCCUCGAGGCGGACAAUACCGCCUUCAGUCCAGCGUGCAUCAAGAGUCAUUUUUUACACACAUUUAUUCUGGUUCGCGUUUCGGCACGCAUCAAACGUAAACCAACACGCUAUGAAGUUUCAGUCGUCACGAGAGACGAAGUGGGUGCCUACAAACCGUACCUUUGGGAGCAAUCGGUGUUCGAGAAGGGUCCUAUGUUCAGGGAGUGGUUGCUGACGAAGAUCGUGAACGGAGAGCGGGCGUCGUACUCGGCGCCGAAAUUCGCACGCAUGCAGGAGCGCACUCGCUCGCAGAUGCUCGAGGACAUUGUAGCCAACCUGGCCAACCACGCCGAAACAGGACAGAUCCCCAAACCAUACCGAAGGGGUUCGUGGAGACCCAUCGGUGAGGAUCCUUGCAUGUUACGAGUGACAGUUAGUUGCUGUUUGCGACUCUAUUUGGCGCAUAGACACAUGAGGCCUUCUUCACCGUUGCUAGAUUCGGUUAGAGAUCAGUUCGAGGACUAUGAUCAAUUAGCGAAAGAUUUUACCCGCGUAUUUUUAAACUUGGAACCGUCGUGUCUUCAGAACGCACAGCUUUUCGAUGUAGUGUUUUUGGUCGGACAGCAGUCGAAGCAGCGCGCUCGUUUCAUCGGCGUCCGUGCCAUUCUCGGCGUGCGGAGUCGUGUCUUUCAGGAAAUGCUGUACGGCAUCCAAACUGGUUUCGGAUCACCUCAAGUUCCAGUCGCUGAGCUGCUAGCCCGACCGGCCCCCACACUCCUCUCACCACAAAACCAACGACCGAAAAGUAGCAACUUUCUCCAAGUUCCGGACAUCGAAUCGCCACGGCCGAAAAGUGUUCCCUCGUCACCGAUGGUAAAACGAGCCUUCUCCCGGCUUGGAACGAUUACUGCCGGAUGGGGACGCUCGAUAAGGAAGCAGCAGUCGCAACUACACGCAGAAGACAAGAAGAAGUGGGCUUCUUCGCAGGAUUGUUCUGACAAGGACGGUAAAGAGAGUGGGUCUAAAAGCAAAGCAAACGCGGGCCAACUGGCCGUACCAAGACUCUCAGUGUGUGCCGAUGCACAGAAGGUUGAUAGAGCGAAGCUCGCCCAGACUGAAUUUACGAUCAUUGAGUUCGAUCCUGAAACUUUCCGGGUGCUGCUAGAUUACCUACACACCGGAAGCUGUCCGCUGACAUGCAUAUCAAUACCAGGCCUUAUAUGCGCCGCGGAGCACUACGACCUGCCCGAGCUACUGCAAGCCUGCUUCCAUCAUGCAAAACAGUUCCUCAGGAUAGAUGUCGUCUGUCCAAUGUUGACAUCCCUGGAAAACUACUACUGGCGUUAUACAUCCGCAUCCGAACUGGUGAACAUGAUCCUAGCGUUUGUCGAAACCAGGGCGUACGCAUUGUUCCAGAUAUCGGACUUUCUGACCCUCAGCGAAAGCAUGGUUCAGAUGAUCAUGUGCAGGAAUCUGGAGAUUCCAGAGGUCCGCAAGUUCGAGGCUAUGCUGGCUUGGGCUAAACACAAGGUAAAAUCAAAAACUUCUGCCAAAAUGGACGCCAAGGUGGAAUUCCGCUGCAUUAUGGAACGUCUGGGACGGGAUCUGAAGCUAGAACGCAUCUCACCCCAGGAGCUGAUCAAGAUCGUUCUUCCGUCUAAAGCCAUAAAGAACGAACGCAUCCUGGAUACGCUGGUGUACCAGGCGAACAGCGGAAUGUAUCGGAUACAGGAUAGUUACAUGGAAGCAUGUAAACAACGCCUGCAGAAACAGGAUUCACGCUACAGCGAGUGGGGUGAAAGCUUCGACUGUGGUUUGUAGGAGGACGAACGGCUGUAAUGCAGAAUUCGUGUCCAAAUGUACCGUCAUGCCAGAACAAGCACUUUACCCAAACCGGGCUUUAGUGAGCUUUGUCGUUAUGUGUUAACAGUAUGUUAUAGAGAAACUAUUGAGAUUGUUGUUCCUUUCUGUUUGGUGUCCUUGGAAGCACGAUUCUAAGUUUAUAACGCGAGUAAAUCGCAUUGUGGCAAGUUUUACGGGCAGAUAUUUAAAAAAUUGCCCCAUUCCGUUUCCACUAUGCUGCCUUGUGUUCUAGAGGUUAUGUCUUUGCAGAAGCAAAAACCACUAACUAUCGUGUCCGUUGAAGACGUAGGCUGAGAUAACAAAAAAAAAACAAACAAAACAAACUUUCCAAAUGGCUGUUGAUUAUAUUGUAAUGACCCUUAUAGUAGACGCCGUAUACUCUUAGCAACAAAGACCGAAGGAUAUUGGAGCGAGCGUCCACGGAAGCCAUCAUACUUGGAAUAUAUGACGCACAUGGGAUCUCCAUCAAUACAAUUAUUAUCUACCGUCAUUGUGGGACAUGCCUUACUCAAUAUCAGUCAGCUAGACAGUCAUCCUACUGUUCCAGAAAAAAAUUAAACAUUUGAUUCAUUCCGGCAUAACAGAAAUAAAAACCUUAAAAAUCAGAUUUUUAUUAUUGUUUUUGGAUGAUUCUUCAAUCGAUAGAGUAAGAAGAUUUUAAUUCGACAUCAUAUGGUUAUUUGAUGAUCUGUUGACAGUUGUUCUACUAGAUUGAGCUUUCAACGUCAUUUACACAUUUUAUGAUAAUAUUUCCUUACAAAAUACAGAUUAUCUUGAUAACGCACAAAUUGAACAUUACACAAGAAAGUUUGAUUUCCGUUUCAUCCAACCUAUGGUCAUAACGUAGAGCAUGGUUAUCAACUUUUAUUGUUAACUUCACUUUCAUCAAUCAAAACGAUUAUUUCAUGACAUAUUGAUCAUUGAUCAUUGAUCAUCAUCAAUCAUUUUAACGCCGAACAGGUCACACAACUACACAAAAGAACUGAAUAUUUAUACACUGCACAGACAAAGACAGCGGAAAUUGGUUGGCGGAAGUGCGACAGAGAUGGAAAUGAAUGGUUAUAACAAUAGAAACAAAGGUUAUGUUACCUAAAAAAAUGUUUAUACGGUCAAAACAUAAACACAAUAAUUAAACACAAUUAGAUACUGAUUGUAACUGUAUAUUGUAAAUAAGAUUCGGACAAGUAAAACCUUAAUGAAAGAUCAAGUAUAUAUGAAAAUUAUUAAAUGUUUAUAUAUUGGAGAGAAUAUGUGGAUGAAUAUAUACAUAUAUAUUGAAACAAAAUUGAUGGGUGAUGAAAAAAGC